CAACUAUGUUAAAUAUGGCUUGACGUUUCUUGGCUCUUUGACAUGCCCUGUCUGAUUCGCUUCAUCUCUUGUCCUACCCGUACCACCAUCACGGCUCGUGAAUGCAGUCAUGGCGAACAUGGAUGAGGGGCAAAUACCCACUUCGCUGGAGGAAGUAGAAGCGUUGAUUCUCCAGUUGUAUCAGCCUGGAGCAUCAGAGAAGGUUUCAAAGACCCAAGAAACCUUGCAAAAACUCCAGCGAUCUCCUGAAGGAUGGCAGCUGGCAAAUAGUCUGCUUGGAAAUAAGGCAGAAAGUGUAAGAUUCUUUGGGGCACUCACUUUCAUUGUCAAACUCAACACCGAUGCAAAAUCUUUGAAUGACGAUGACGCCCAAGCCUUGCUUGGGACUCUCAUCGGCUGGCUGAUACGUUGUCUUGAAAAUGGUGAGGGUGCACUUGUCAUAAGGAAACUUUGCUCGACUUUAGUUGCGUAUUUCCUUCAAUUCUCUGUGUCCUGGACCAGAUGCGUCAAACAUCUCAUGUAUUGCCUCUGUACCGAUCAGGUCACACCUUACGGCACUAUUGAAGAGUCGCCUGAGACUGCGUUUCUUAUACAGAAUAUUACCGCCAAUAAGGCGAUUAUAAUCCUUUGGUUCGCUGCCAACCUCGUUGAAGAGGUUGGGAAGACGGAUUCCAGUUCUAUGAAGCAACAUAGAUUUCAUCGGCGAGUAGCACCAAAUGCUGACGACAUUGUCCCAUUAAUCCAGAAAUAUAUCUCAGACAAUUCUUCAGGCGCUGAUAGCAAAGUUCGUCAGGAGGCGAUGCGAUGUUUCCAGGCAUGGGUGUCCUAUUCACAUCGGGCUUUCGUUGAUGACGAGAUCGUCCUUGAUCCUCUACAGACUUUGACAAAGCCAGCUAUCAUGUGUCUCGUGGAUGACACUUUGUAUGAGACUACCGUGGAACUCUUCUCGGACGUACUUGCAAAUUACUCAAAGUUCCUUCGCAAGGAAGAUUUCACGCUUCUCUACUCGAUCUUUAGCAGCCCUUGGGCUCAGGAGCGAUACGAGCGAUUGGUCAAAGGCGAUUAUGACUUUGACUCACUCCAAUUUGGUCUUUUCCUGAUCGCCUUUGGCGAUGCAACUGUCGAGGACCUUAUUAAACAGGCUGAUAGCGAUGCUCAAUGCGAACAUGUCCUCUCGGCUCUCUGCGGCCUUCUCGGUGCAGAAGGGUAUGCCGUCUAUGAGGAUAAGGUCUUCGUUCCCGCAUUGGAGUUUUGGAAUACCCUUGUAGAAACUAUGCUAGAUCAUACCUACUCCCAACUUGGAACACACCCAUCUUGGCUUGCGGGGCCGAUGCGAUACGUCAUGCAAGCCAUCCAAAAGUGUUGGAAAAAGAUACAGUUCCCACCUCCCCAUGAAUUUCGUUCUUGGGACUCAGUGGAUCGAACUGGAUUCAAAGAUGCUCGAAGAGAUGUGGGAGAUAUACUCGAAAGUUACUAUCUCGUGGCUGGAAUUCCAAUACUCGAUGUCUUUAUCGACCUAUCUCGACAGUCUAUCAAUGCCGGAAAUUGGGCUGAACUUGAGGCAUCUCUAUACUGUCUAACUCGGUUCUCCGAUUGCCUAGCCAGUGACAAGAGGUGUGACGAAUACUUGCACAAGAUCUUCGAGCCCUCUUUAUUCGCGGUGUUCACAAAUCCACCGACUGAGAUCCCUGUCCAGACCAUGAAAACCUUCCUUGCUUUAUUCUCUGGAUAUCCGGACUAUUUUCAGAGGCAUACGGAUAACCUGCCAUCUGCACUGAAUAUUGCAUUUGGGACUAUCAGUACCCCAGCCUUGGCAAAGUCGGCGUCAAAUGCAAUCGUCAAGCUCUGUUCGGAUUGCCGAACUGUUCUCAUCCCUGAAUUGCCCGCAUUCCUCCAGCAGUUCAGUAACAUUACUCACGCUUCUCUAGAUAGCAAUGUCAAAGAGGGGAUCUUGGAAGGCAUAGCCUCAAUAAUCCAGGCUCUCCCCAUCGAGAGAGCUAAGGUCGCACCGUUAGGACAACUUCUGCAUUUCGUCGAAGCAGAUGUUGAGCGAUGCCUAAGUCUCAUCUCCCAGCAGCCAGCCGCAGAUCUUUCGACUCUGAAUACCUCCAACAUUCCACCUAACUAUGACACCGCUUUGGAACUUGGCCUCAUGGCUUUGAGAUGCCUUGCGAGCAUUGCAAAGGGAAUUCAAGUUCCAACGGAUAAACCGGUUGAUCUGGAGAAAAAGACGACAACACCUCCUUUCUGGACUACUGGCGAAGGUUCGGUUAUUCAGCAACGCAUCAUCUCGGUGAUUGUUAGGACGUAUGAUGCCCUUUACUUCCGUAGCGAAAUUGUCGAUGCUGCUUGCUGUGUCUUCCAAAACGGGUUUGUAGAGAUAGAACCUGGGCCAUUCGUAUUUCCCCCUAUAACUGUGGCCCAGUUCUUGAUCAAAUCGGGCCCCCUCACCCCACAACUUGGAACUGUUAUCAAAACAGCAUGUUCUCUCAUCAGCUCCCAUAGAUCGGAUGACCGUAUCGACGAGGUUAUUAAUGCAUUACUGAAUUGGAUUGCUCAGCUGCUACAGAACCUAGGCGAGCCAAGCAAUGACCCCGAAAUUGCCCAAAAUGGGAUUGAUUUGCUAUACCGCCUCAUUCCGACCUACGUGAACAACCUUCUGAGCCAUCAGCCUUCGUCAUUGGAAUUUCUCUUCGUAUUUACUCUCAAAGCUCUCACUGGAAGUGACCCGCUGCCGAAAAUUUCUGCCGCGGACUUUUGGAGUGCUUUUGUUAGUCUCCAGAACCAGGAAUUUCCCUUGCAAGGAUCUAUAGAUGCUGCACUUCAACAUCUAGGGCCACUCCUCGCACAGGCGCUCAUCUACAAUAUCGGUGGCAAUGCUGCACGUAGCGAUUUGGACAAGCUCUCGGAGCCGCUCAAGAAGCUUGUUGUCCGCCAGGUUCAGGCUAAAAGUUGGCUUGAGGCUGCACUGCUCGGCGAUAAUUUCCCUAGUAACAAGGUUACGGACAAAGAAAAGAUGACUUUCUUGCAGAAAGUAGUGAAUCUUCGUGGAGCUAGAGGUACGAAUCAAGUUGUCCGCGAAUUUUGGCUGGCAUGUCGUGGAUCGAAUUUCGCAUAUGCCUCAUGAGGUCGCAGUUCACUGCACGGGAUGCGUGCUGGAGAGGUCAGAGGCCUACGAGAUUGCAAUAAUGGAGACAGGAUUAUGAUAAUAGCAUGGCCCCUAUGGUCUACGAGUGUACUCGAAACAAAGAUGAUGAGAAGCAGACAUUGAGAGCUUGUAAAUUGACUGAUUCAGCAAACUUUUCAGUUCAAGAAAGCUCGGAUGAAGUACAAAGCCUGCACUUCGAAUGCAGAGAUAGAAUAGAAUAA